GGCGCUACGGCACCUACGCCUAGCCACCAGGUUACCAGAAAUAAAACCCGAAUGACUUGGAGAUACUCACGCCUGGGCACUUCAUCUGGGGCAAAGCCAAUGCCACUAUCGACGAGCCAGACAUAACUUACCUAAGCAUAGGUCGCCUCAGCCGUUGGCAGCGAAUAUGUCACAUGCAGCAAUCAUUUUGGAAGAAAUGGAGUACAUCGUAUUUGUCGUUGCUCCAAGAGCGCGGGAAAUGGCGAUCGUCCACGCAAAAUCUUCAGGCCGGCAGCAUCGUGCUGCUCAAGGAGGACAAUGCACCACCACUCAGGUGGCCGCUUGGACGAGUCGACAGCGUCAUCACGGGUGACGACGGCAUUGUGAGAGUAGCAGUCAUUCGUACACAAAAUGGUCUGGUCAAGAGAGCCAUUGCCAAAAUCGCCGUUCUGCCAAUCGAGACCACAUCGGUUGAAAGCUUGUAUCUUCCAACGGGGGGAGCAUGUUCGCAGCAGAACGCCCUCUGAAUAAUAUUAUAUCUGAAUUACAAUAUAUCUUUACUUCUCAAAUCAC